AUGGACCAAUUUCUCAUCGAUAACACUCCGCUUUACCUCAAGCUCGUUGAGAGGUUCAAGCCGGCGGCGUCCAGAGCCGAUGUAGCUGAGGAUAAGGCAAAGCCCAUCAUAAUCGGCGCUCGAAUCCGACCAAUGGUUGAAGAAGAAAGCUCAAACGGUGCCGUGGCUAGUGUUUACCCACGCGAGGGCGAGCCGGGAGUCCUUGACCUCCAUGAGCUGCGCAAGACUGUUAGGGGAAGUGCGGCGUUGAGCUCAUCCAGCUUCCUCGUAGACAAGGUUUUCUCCCCAAGCGAUACCACCGAUGCGAUUUACGGUAGCCUGGUGCACCCUCUCGUUCCAUGGGCAUGGUGUGGCGGUGUGAGCACUAUUUUCGCCUACGGACAGACCGGCUCGGGCAAAACCUACACUGUCAGCGGCCUCGAGCGUCUCGUUGCUCAUACUUUGUUUUCUGGAGCUUUGGAAGGCACUCGCAACAUCUUCAUCUCCAUUGUCGAGCUAGCGGGAAACUCGGCCUCGGACCUUCUCAGCGCUCGAAAGCCGGUUUCUAUACUAGAGGAUUCAUUCGGCACGACCCAUUUGGCCGGAGCGUCGGAAUACCACGUUGUCGACUCGGCUUCGUUGAUCAAGUAUAUCGACUACGCUGCCUCGUUUCGUCAAACCGCCUCGACGCAGAAGAAUGACGCCUCUUCCCGGUCUCACUCUAUUUGCAAGAUCCGGCUCGAGAACCCUUCUCUCCCGCAAGCCGAUGACGGCUUGCUUUUCCUCGUCGACCUCGCAGGUUCCGAGGCGGCACGAGACGUGUCAGCGCAUUCAUCCGAGAGAAUGAAAGAGGCACGCGAAAUCAACGCCAGUCUCUCCGUCCUCAAAGACUGCAUCCGGGGCAGUGCUAACCUAGAUGGGCUCGGCGGACUUGUCAAAUCAACAACUCCUGGUCGGAAGGCCUACAUCCCCUUUCGCCAAACUGCCUUGACCAAGCUCCUCAAGCACGUCUUCGACCCAGCCGCGGGCCGGAGCUGCAAGACUGCCGUCAUCGCGUGCCUCAAUCCUAACCUUGCAGACGUAGCUGCCACCAAGAAUACCCUGAGAUACGCCGAGCUUUUGCGAAUCACAUCCCCGAAGGCAGUGCCACUGAAGUACGACCCAGCAAAGCCAGUCACCUGGUCAAAUCAACAGCUCAAAGACUGGAUCGUGAAUAACUCAGGCACACCGCCAGUAUCCGCAGACCUACUCGCCCCAUCCGAAUCCGGCAAGCAGUUGCUUCACUUGCCUGCUCCAGAGUUCAUCAGCCGUUGCCUCAAAACACCGGAUGUAUCACAAGAUCAGGCCGUAGCCUUCCAAGCCAAGUUCUGGAGACUCCACAUCGAUUCUCAGCGCACUCCUGCGGCCCACAACUCGCGAGGUCAAGAUGACAAGCAACCCACCGAUUCCUCGGCCGAGCCGUCCGAUGCGUGGGAACAUUCCAGUCGCGAGCCUAAGCCGGAAAUUGAGGCGCUUCCGUUCAAGAAACGCCUGCGUCCCGGCAUGGUAGUCUCCUUAGCCCCUCUCCCUGAGGGCUCCGGCAGCCCUUUCAUCAGUGGCACCGGCCGCAAUCUCGUCAUGCUGUUGUCCGCGGAGACGGACUCGACGGCGCAGGCGUCGGAUACGGACAUGAAAGCCUAUCGCUGUGCCUUUGUGGCGCCGGGAAUUAUGCCUGGGGCGUUUGAACUACAUCCUUGGCUGCAGUGCGUGGUUCACGAGCGCCACAUGGAAUCUGAGGUGAUUCUUGACCGUUCAGAUCUGACGGCCAACAGCAUCAUUCCCGGCCCACAACCGACGAACAAGCCAUUCAUAGCCAACACCAUCCGGCAGAAGAAUGCCCCGUGGUCCCAGACACCAGCAUGGACCCCGCAGACAUGGGUCUACAGCCCGCCAACCCUGAGCAUGAGCCCUCCAACCCUUAGCAUGAGCCGUCCAACCCUGAGCAUGAGCCCUCCAACAAUCCCGAGCGCUCCAAUCCUAAGCUCUCCACAGCUCCACAUCAGCAACAACACCAGCAGCCGCGGCUACUUCCGCAGCUGCAUCGGCUGCUUCAAACACGCCUACUGCCUCACGUUCAGCGACGCCUGCAAGGACCACGCUUACUGCCGUUACUGCUUCAACCACUUCAUCCGGCUCUCUUGCGACGGCCCCUCCACCGUCGACGAGGAGAAGGCAGGAAUCGAUCGCGGUAGAUCAGUCCCCGCGUCCGCCAGCACCCGGACGUUCCCGCCCCGCUGCUGCGGCCAGCCCACGUCGCUGCCGGACAACGCGCUGCGGCUCGUGCUGGAUGCGGACGUGUUGCACAUGUACAUGCUCAAGCGGGCGCGCAGCCGCUUGCCGUUGCGCGAGCGCACGCACUGCGCGGCGCCGGACUGUGGGAUGUGGUUGACGGCGGAGGAGGCGAUUCGGGAAGAUGAUGAGGGUGGUGGGAUGUGGAUGGGACGGAAGAGUGGUGGUGGUGGUGAAGAGCAGCAGCAGGACCAGGGAGUGGUUGCGUCGAGGGAGCUCAGGAAGUGCAGCAGGUGCUCGGAACGGACGUGCACUGCUUGCAAGCAGUUGGGGAGGGGGCAUUUGGACGGCGAUGGGAAGUGGAAGGAGUGCCCGGUGGACGAGGGGGCGGUGCGGCUCGAGACCAUGGCCGAUGGUAUGAAAUGGACGAGGUGCGGUGGGUGUGGGGUGUGGGUGGAGCUCUCGACCCCCGCCGAUGCCCUCUUCGCCGGUCAUAGCCCGGACUCCUCGCCCGCCCGCCCGUAG